AUGGAGCUGGACAGGCCGGAUGCCUUGCACAGGUGCAGAGAGACCAAGAAAGGACGGCAUUCUGCAACCUGCAGGCUUCGUGCGGAAGUUCGAUCGUGCCAGCAGCAGAUACACACGGAACGGAAUGUGUCCAACGAUCUGCGUGAGCAGCUGCAAACACAGCAGGCAGGAGAUGCAGAACUCUUGCUUUUGCGAGAACAGCUGGCCGCAGAGCGGGAGCGUAGGGAAGCUCUGGAAAACUCCAAGGUGCACCUUGUAACGUCUCUUGCCGAAAACGACACUCCUCUGCUGAUCAGCCGGCAAGUGUCAGAUGCGUCCGACGUCCACCAGACGGCACCGGAAGUUCCGACUGCCGAAGCCAACCAGCCAUGCACAGUCCAGCAAGGCACACCAGAGCCAGAGCUGCCAGAGCAGCCAGAGGCCAGCGGCCUGGGCCCCACGAAGCUGGAGGCGACUGAGCCUCCUUCGGGUAGAUCAGGUAUGGACGAGCAAACUGCAGAGCAAGAUGGAAGGCCGACUCAACUGGAAUCAAGCGCACACGAGGAACCGCCAGCAGCACUGCCAGGUGUAGAGGGUGCAGCUGGUUCGCAGGGAGAAGACGAGCUUCGGCACAUCGAGCAGUCAGCAGAUGAGCCGCAUCCACCACAGCCACAGCAGGAGGAUUGGCCCUCAAGAGACCAGGAGCAAAAGAGGAGCUCCCAAGCCACAGCAAGCAGAAAGACUGUCCCGGACAAGGCAGAGGAUACGAUGGAUCUGAGCAACUCCCAGUUUGCUUCGCUCUUCGUCGUUAGCUCGCUGACAGGGGUGCUUUGUUCUCCAGGCAGCUUGUUGAUUUCUCGCGUGGGGCGCACGAGCAGUGCCAUAGCAGCGAGCUUUCUGGCUGCGAUAGGUUCCAGCGUCACCACCAUGGGAUACCUGUGGAAAAGCUUGGUGCUGAUGCUCUUCGGAAGGCUCCUGUUCUGGUUCGGCCUGAAUGUUCUGCUCAUGGUGCAGACCAUUUUGACAUACGAUCUCUUCAAAGGAAGAAGCUUGAAUUGUGCCAUGACCACCAUCGUGCUCUCAAUCCGUUUGGGAGGCAGCAUGUCCUAUCCGAUGUCUGGCCCACUUCUCCACAGCCUUGGUGUGUUAGAUUCGUUGUGGUUCUCCGUGAUGCUGGUUGUGGCUGCAUUCCUUUCGACUCUGUUGUUUGGUUAUUUGUUUCAGUGGACGGCCACUGCUCGGGCUGUUCGUCCAAUGCUGGAGCGGCGACAGCCACCAUCUCGCAUAGAGCUGGCUUUGCUUCGAAAGGUCCCCAAGCUAGUCUUGGUAUUCUUGUCAGGUAUUGCAGCUAUUUGGGGUGUCGUCUUUCCCUUUGAAGUGAUUGGCGACGACAUGCUCCAAAAGGAAUUCGGAUACUCGGCCGACAACGCCGGCUUCAUCAUUGCCUUGGCUCCUAUGAUUUCAAUCUGCAGCCCUGCUUUCGCACCUUUUCUCGGAUCCAGUUUGUCACACAAGCUGGUGGCUUUUGGAACCGGCAUGCUGCUCCUUGUGAUUGCAUUCUUGGUGAUCGCUGUGCUGAGAUGGGUCGUUCUUGGCAUUCUGCUUGUGGGACUUGGAUAUGCAGUAUCUGUAUGUGCUUCAUACAGUACUCUCCCUCUGAUCAUUGCUGCCGUCGCCCCUGCUGAUCUUCAGAAGAAGAUGGAAAGCUUGGCAGUGGGCAUGAAUCAAGCGGGUUCUGGGACGAGCAUGAUUGUCUCGAACCUCACGAUAGGCAUUAUCAAGGACCUAGCUUCUUACAGAUGGGCCUGUGUCUAUCUCGCAGCGGUGGCCUGUUGUGGACUUGCAAGCGUUUGCUUUGUGUUCAAAACCUGUCCACGAGAACUUUGCGAUCCCUCCGUGGAGACUCCAAUGGAGGAUGUAUCGACAGUGGCUGCGAUGGAUGCUCCGGCAAGCCUGCAGGCGAGCCAAUCGGGGAGUGCUCUCGAAAUUCAGGAUGAGUACUACCGGACAGAUGCGUGA